ACGUCACUGUUUGGCUUUCUCGUUCCUUGUCCCAAAACAUUCACACUACAAGCACAUGAAAAGCCCUGGGAUUCCUAAAUAACCUGCCGCCGGAACUCCAAAAUACUCCAUAUAGCUAGUUUGGACAUUGUACUAGUCGUUGUGCUGGGUUGAACCAAUGUUUCGGUGCCUGCUUCCUUGGCGUUGCAACCGCCAAGUUGACUCACUUGAUCGCAGUCACUGCAGCCUUAACUUCGUACCCGACGAAGUUUACCGGUAUGAGCGAUAUUUGGAGGAGCUUUUUCUCGACGCUAACCAGAUCAAAGACCUCCCUAGGCCGUUUUUCAGGUUGUACAACAUCAAGCGGUUGGGCAUAAGCGACAAUGAGAUUGCUCGCCUACCUCCCGAGAUCGGCAACUUGGCGAGUCUACAGGAGUUUGAUAUUAGUAGAAAUGAUAUUUGCGAUAUACCAGAAAAUAUCAAGUACUGCAAGGCUCUAAAGUCUCUGGAUCUAAGCGGAAACCCUAUUUCCAAGUUGCCAGAUGGUUUUUCACAGCUGCAGAACCUGACCACUUUAUGUCUGAAUGAUGUAUCACUAAUACGAUUGCCUCCAGACAUAGGAAGUUUGGUUGAGUUAACUGUCCUUGAAGCAAGAGAAAAUUUAAUCAAAUUCCUACCAGUUUCUUUAGCAUUUCUGACCAAGCUUGAAAGACUGGAUCUUGGCUGUAAUGAGCUGGAAGAAUUGCCUGAUGUCAUAGGAUCACUUCCCAGUUUAGCUGAGUUAUGGCUGGACGGAAAUCUGCUCAAGACCCUUCCACCUGAAAUUGGAAAUCUGAAGAAGCUUCAAAUCUUUGAUGCAUCUGAGAACAAAAUUGAGUACAUGCCAGAUGAGAUAUCKUUUUGUGCUGCCCUGACUGAUCUACAUCUGUCGCAGAAUUUUCUGGAGGAUUUACCAGAUACAAUAGGAAAGUUGAAAAAGCUCCAGAUGUUGAAAGUUGAUCAAAAUCGCCUGAUCGUUCUCACUCCAGCUAUUGGAGGGGCCAUUAGCAUGCAGGAAUUGAUUUUAACAGAAAAUCUUUUAGAGGAAUUGCCAUCAACAAUUGGCAAACUACACAAGUUGUCUCUUUUAAAUGUAGAUAGAAAUCGUCUUAAUUCGGUCCCAGUUGAGAUUGGAAACUGCAACAAACUAAGUGUCUUGUCGGUUCGGGAUAAUUUAAUUCAACUUCUUCCUACUGAAAUUGGAAACUGUCGCAACCUUCAUGUAUUAGAUGUGUCAGGAAACAGACUUGAAUGCCUGCCAUUGACAGUUGGUACACUUCCUCUCAGUGCCCUGUGGCUGUCAGAAAACCAGUCUCAACCAGUACUCAAGCUGCAGACUGAGGAUGACGAGAUGACUAACAACAAGGUACUCACUUGCUUCUUGUUGCCUCAACAAGGAAUGGGCAGUCUAGAAAUGUUAACGAACGAUCUCAGUCAUGGAUUUGCCAUGGAUAACCUAAUGAUGGACAACCGARAUGAAGAAGAGGAAGAGUACAUACCCAAGGAAGGGGGAAUCCAUUUUGUUGAUGAUUUGCCUGGGUAUCACGACAGAGAGACUUCUCAGUUCAUUCGUCAUGAUACGCCAAGAUUCAAAGACCUAAAGGCCAGGCAUCCUAAGAUGGUGAUCCAUAAGACKCAUCCCGCACAAGAUGGAGUCGUCAGACAUAGAUCAUUAACGGACGAAGAGAGCGUGUCUGAUACAGAAUCAGCUAGACACAAGAAGCUGAGCUUUGAAGAUAAGGUUGCAACAGUCGAGGAGAACCACAACGUGGAAGAGUUUGAAACCCCCAGAAGAGGCGUUGGGUUUGCAGAUGCCGAAGAAGAAAACGAACAGGAAGUUUCACCCGAACAGGAUGAAUCAGACGAAGACCAUGAGCACAAAGUAAGAAUAGAAGGCGAAGAACAUCCUGAGAGACACGACAGGUUGAGAAGAAGAGACACGCCCCAUUACCUCAAAGAUAAAAGAAUCAACCUAAAGGGAGAUGAAGAGGACAAGGUUAAAGAGAUACUCGCUAGAGCAAGUGAAGAUGGAGCAACAAGUGAAGAAGGCGAGAAUGAGAAUGAAGAGGGCCCUAAGCUCAAGAAAAAGCUUUUCCAAGAUGAGGACGAGGUUAAGGAGGAUGAAGAACAACAGAUGGUAACAGUAACCAAAGUAAUAGAAGAGAUCGAAUACACAUUACACAGAGACACCAAAGGGCUUGGUAUUAACAUUGCUGGAGGGAAAGGAUCCACACCUUAUAAGGAGAACGAUGAGUCAAUCUUCAUUUCCAAAAUCUCAGAGAACGGACCRGCUGGUAAAGAUAAAAUUUUGAACGUUGGCGAUAAGAUAUUGAAAGUGAAUGGUACGGACAUUAGUCACGCUACACACCACGAAGCAGUCAACGUACUUAAAUCAACAGGUAAAGACAUCACCCUGUUAGUGGUACGAGAACGGCAAGAAAUCGAGAAGAAAACGGUCCCCAAGUCACCUGGCACGAGCAUCACUCCAGAAAAACCGAAAAAAGAGGUGAUAGAACCUGUACAAGAAGUACACGAAGUGAAUGGCGUACAUCAAGCACCUGAACUGGAAUUAGAAUCACCUAAGAAUGAGGUCGAAGAACCUGCUAAAGAGGAGCCAAAGAAAGUUGGAGUUCGUUUUGCUGCUGAACCCGAGAUGGAGGAGAUUGAGACGAGACCCGAGAGAGUAACUGUAACGUUAAAGCGUGGUGGAGACAAGGGACUGGGCUUCAGUAUUGCUGGUGGGCGUGGCUCGACUCCAUUCAAAGAUGGCGACCCUGGUAUUUUCAUUUCUAAGAUAGCAACAGAUGGCAUCGCAGAAAGGGACGGACGACUAAAACUGGGCGACAAAAUAUUAUCGAUCAACAGCAAAGACAUGAGAAGCUGCCGGCACGAGGACGCCGUUGCAAUGCUAACGGGUGGUCUGUCUUACGUCACACUCAUCGUCUAUCGUGAAAAAGUCAUAAAUAAGAAAAUGACCCCUCUAUCCAAAUUACAGGACCAGUCUAGUGUAAAUAAGAAACUCUUGAUUACAAAGGAGGAAGUGGUAAACCACCUUGAAAAUGGCAAGGACUUAGAGGAUAGCAAACCCCUAUGUGAAAUAGAGGAAAUCAUCCUAAAGAAAGGUAGCAAUCCGCUGGGCUUCAGCAUCGUGGGCGGUUGUGACCACGCCAGUCAUCCAUUUGGCUUAGACGAACCCGGUAUAUUCAUAUCAAAGAUCGUUCCUACUGGAGUCGCAGCUACUACACAUUUAAAAAUAGGAGAUAGAAUAUUAAAGGUCAAUGGAAAAGACAUGCGUAACUCAACACACCAAGAAGCCGUGGCAGCCUUGAUAGCUAAUGUAUCUCUGAUAAAACUACUAGUACGGCACGACCCACCACCUAAAGGACUCCAGGAAAUAACGUUCAAUAAAAGUCCUGUAGAUAAACUUGGUAUCAGUAUUCGAGGAGGCGCCAAGGGACACCCAGGAAACCCAUUCGAUAAAACAGAUGAAGGAAUAUUYGUAUCCAAGGUGACGGAUGGAGCCGCUGCUUCUAAAGAUGGUCGGCUCAAAGUUGGUCAAAGAAUAUUAGAGGUUAAUGGUACCAGCUUGUUAGGCGCAACGCAUUUAGAAGCCGUCCGCGCUCUCAGAUCCAUGGGAGAUAAAAUAACACUGUUGGUGUGUGAUGGGUACGAUCCGUCGAAGGUGCCAGAGGUUCUACCAGGMAGUAUGCCAGUCAUGUCGCUCAAUGCUGGUCGAUCUGUUAGUGAAGAAUCAAUCGAUAGAGACCCGCCUACUCACGAGAGAGCGCAUGAAGAAAUUCGAAGGGAAAUUCGACGACAGGAGGAGGAAUCGAGAAAAGAAGCUGAAAAAUUUGAAAAGGAAGACGCAGAACGCAAGGAAGCUUUAAGAAAACGGCUUGAGGAAACAAAACGACUCGACGAAGAAAACCACAAAAGUCAAAGUAGCCGAGUCGCUUCUACUGGCCCUGUCUCUCCAGAACAAUCUCAACGAUUAGAGGCCGAGGAGGCCGUGCAACGAGUCAAAGAAAAAAUCCAACAACGACAAGCCAAUGAUAAGUCGGAUUCCGACUCUUCAGAUUCAAAAACCACGACAAACGYUAAACGURCUCUCUCAGCAUCCGAAAAACGUGCAAUAGAAGCCGAAAAGAGAGCUCUUUUGCGGAAAGAGCGCAUGCGUGAACUUGAAGAAGACGCUCUUAAAGCUCAAAUCGUUAUUGCGCAGGUCAAAGCCAUGUCGGCUUCGUCUCUUGAAUCGCUCCCCCUUGGAUCCCCCGACGGGCCAAGAAAAUCAAGUUCUUCAGAGAAUGAAAUCAACAAUGGAGCUUUUAGAAGAUCGUCCAGCGGCUCUACAGCAAAAUCCACGUGAUUAUUUGUGAAGAACUAAUGAAACGWUGAAUAAUUAUGACAGAUAGCUGAGGCUGGCCCUUACUCUGGGGGUUUCCAUAGUAACCCUUUACAUCCGAAACGAAUAAAUGAAURGAAUGGAGAAGACUGCUGACCUCCAAGCUCGUGGGCACGCUUUCAGCUUCGGUGCAAGCAGUUAUUUAUCCCAAGAUUUUUUUAAACAGRAUUCCAGUCCUUCACUUCCCUCAAAGCAUUUUAUUAGGUAAAACCAAACAGAUUGUUUACUAGGUUUUUUUAAUAAUAAUUUUAAGUGGACUUUUUAGACGAUGAAUUGUGUGUUUUUAACCGCAAAGCUCUUUCAGCUUUUUAUUUUAAGACAUUUUCCCCCCCAACCUUCACUGGUGGGGAAUUUUAUUAAUCAUAUUCAUCGAAAUAUUUUAGUAGUUACCUUUUUAAUUUAACAUAACUCACGUGACCUUGUCACAUGGUAGACCACGUGCUAGAAGAGCCAAUUCAUUCUCCUUACAAAAAAAAAAAAUUGGUAGAAACCAUUGUUAGUCUUUAAAUUUAAGUCUAGAAGACAUGUUUGAGAAUCAAUCUCUAAAAUUAAGAAUCAAGAAUCUUAGCGAACMUAUAAAUCAUCUCAGUCUGGCUUACACAGACCUCUAUCGACCUCACMUUGAGAGAGGACCUGGGAGUGUAACUAAUUUAGUUUUAUUGUUGGCAUCUUGAUCCGCAAUUCUCCCAGUCCGUUCCUCAAUCAGCAGUCAGGGUUUGGCCGAGAGGGAUCUGGUUGACCAAGACUGAAUUUAUCUCUAAGAUGCGCACUGUGCGAGCUUAGAAUUCACUAUAGUCUCCUACGCAGCCACUAUUAUUGUUAGYGGAGUAAGCGUUGCGUGAUGAAACUAAUAGCGGCUGCGUAGGAGACUAAAUUCACUACCGAAUCAAUCCGAGUUUGUAGAUAAUUAUUUUUUGAAUUAUUGUGCUCAAAAUAUAUAAUGUACAGAGUAAGGAUAACAAGUUUUAAGUUCUAGUAUAUGGAACUGUUUUCUUUUUUGGUUGCAAAUGAGGUGAACAUAAGAAUAAUCUCUUGCACCAGGGGAAUCUUACCUCCGUGGAAACAUGCCUGAUGCAUAUAGGAGUCCCUCUACAAGAUGGAGCCAUACUACUACUGCUACUACUAGGAUGUUUUGCGAAUUUUUUAUUUGAUUUUAAAUUCAUUGCCUUGCCAAUUAAAAUGAGUGCUAAGUAAGGAACAAUAUGAGGUACRCAAAGGAUCCUGGUAGUUGUAGUGSAUGAUGCUAUCAAUCACAUGCACCUGUUUUAUGGYCAUGUGAUAAGAGGAUAGAUCCCAUAUGUCACACUGGAAAACAAAACUGCCUUAUUUUCCAAGAAUUAUUGGAAUAAGCUCUGGUUGGUUACAGAAACGAUAAUAAUUUUUCAAAACCACUUGUUUGAAUUAGGGGGGAAUACUAUAAGCACACCAUAAUAAAAAGCGAAAGUGUAUUUUCCUCGAAUAGUUUUUUUUGUUUCCGAAAAUCUCUAUUUUUUUUUGUGAUAGUCAGCAUUUUAAAAGUUAAAAUGCUUGCACUGUUUAGAAUUAACAAUUAAACAAAAGAAAACAAUUUUACUUGACCUUGUCAAUACCUUUAACCAUGGAUUCAUAUGAUGAUAAAGAAAUGUUAAGGUCUUAGAAGCACUAAUGUAAAGAAAUGUUAAACUCCAAACUAGAUGGAAUGUGGAGUAAAGAUUUGAAASUGAAAUAAUGAAAUAUAAAAUAGUAAAGGAAA